CCAGCUUGUUGCAGCGCAAACUAGCGGGCGCAUCUUUUCUUUGCAGUUUUCUAAUCGUUACUCACUCCUGUAAUUCAAAUCAUGCCCGCAGACGAAAAUAUUGUCCUCGUAGCACCUCGCCCGGUGCGACUAGCCGCUCCCACUCCUUUUUACCCACCCUCUAUCUUGCACCGGCCCCAGGCAAUGAACGCUUUCCGCUUCGCAUCUACUGUCUCUGACGCCCUCGAGAGGUUCAAGCUAGCCGAUGACUCGGUAGACGACGAUCCAAAGAGCGAGCCUCCGGCACCCUCUGAGCGUGAUCGACCCAUAUCUCCUCGCGCAUCUCCUCGGUCGACUUUGCCGUCGGAGGCUAUGGAGGAAUUCUUGUCGAUCCUCCGCCCCUCCUCCUUCCUAUUUCCGCCCACUUCACCUAUCCUCCGGCCCAGUAACGGCCUCGCGCACGGCUUUGUCUCUUACUGCCGCCCUGGCUCUUGCAGCCUCUCACCGGCGAUGUCCAACGAGGGUCUUGGGAUCACGCUCGUAGAUCAAAGCGAUGAGAUGAAAAAGGACGGUGACACUGUCGCGUACCCAUUCAAGAUCAUUGGUCCAGGCCAUCUGUCCUCGCCUGUCGCACGUGCACACACGCGCAACCCUUUCCCUCGUCAAGCUAACUUUGAAAAUGGCCCGUCCGCGUCCAUCCGCGCCCAGUCGGCGUCGCCUUCGCCCUCUGUCAACGCCCUCUCCCCCACGGCGGUGCCUCUGCCACUUCCUACUCCCGACGAAAUCGAGCAUGAACCUGUCUCGUAAACAAACGACUACCACGAAACCUCCGCCUUAUCACACUUCUGUCGAUCUCCACCUGCUUAUAUCCCCAAAGAUACCAUUGUGCCAUAGUGUAACGUAACCUAUCCCGUAAACUUAUUGUCUCCCUUCAGGUCUUUCUUUGUGUUCUACUGUUGACUUCUGUACUGUGGUUUCUCUUUCGAUAUGACUCGCUUAUCUCUUUCUACUCUCUUCUCACCUCUACCGAUAACAAUCCUUGGAACUACAUAUGAUACCGAUAUAGGCCUGUCUGUGGACAUAAUACCUCUGUACUUGGAAUACAAGAAAUCGUCGAUUCU